AAUAUUUUCAAAGCGAAAUACUGUUUGCGAAGGAUUUAAAACUUCCAAAGUCGUUCAUCCUUGUUCGUGAUGAAUUGAUGGAUUGGAAGAACAACGAUGCUUCACAAGCGCAAAUCAUCUGUAUUUGUAGAGCAACAAGAAGAACGAGUAAACGCAAAACGCAGGCAAUCUUUCGAUACACGCUUAUCUUAUCAAAUUCCUCACAUUGCAGACCCAGAAAUAUCUGUAAGAUUGAAAACCAUUAAAUUCAUCAGUGCCCAUUUAAACUAUGCACCUCCUCUCACGCUCGCUCAAAACAUCAAACCAAUUCUUCAGCAUCAACUAUGGCAAGAAAACGAUCCUCAGCUGGCGCAACAUAUCCUGAAACUGCUGGCAGACAUUGCAGUUCACAAACAUAUUUCAAAGGAUAAAAAUACCACUUUCUCUAUAGUAGAAAUUCUCCACAAAUACUUAGAAGCCCAUCAGUUUUUUGAUGAUUUCGUGACCACCCAAAUUGUCAGUUCCCUGAUUAGUAUUGCAGAGGAGACCGGUUCCUUCAAGGAAUUGGAGAGGGUUUUGGCCUUGAAGCUGCUGUGUACUAAUAAGACAAACCUGAGAGUUAAGUUGUUGGCUCUGUUGGCUGUUACAUCCGAAAGCAAAAAUGAUGAAAAUGGCAUUGUUUUAGAGAUAUUUGAGGGUCUUACGAAGGACCCGUUUCCUUCUGUGAGGAAGGCUGCUUUGGAUGGCUUGGUGCGUUUGCACAAGAAGGGUUAUAAGUUGAGCAAGGGGUGCUAUAAGCGUGCUACUGCCCUUCUUCAGGACAAGGAUGAGCUCGUAAGGUUGUCUGCUAUUAAAGUGGUUCAUGAGUAUGUGGUGGUGUCACACAAAAUAGAGGAGAUACAUACUACUACCCAAAUAAAUCAGGCAUUUCUACAGCUGUGCACUCUCUCAAGGGAUAUGAAUAUGAGAGUGAGAAGUGAAGCACUUGAAGCACUCGGGGAAAUGGGGCCUUUAUCUGAGAAUGUGUUGCUCCAAGCACUUAGUAAGAAGAUUUUGGGGAAAGCAACAAAGAAAUUAACUAGUGGAAUUCAAGAUGUCAAGGAUCCGCUGGACUGUGGUGAAGAAUUUAAUCUUCUCACCCUUAGUGCUGCUGGAGCUUUUCUUCAUGGAGUUGAGGAUGAAUUCUUUGAGGUUCGUGUGGCCACCAUUCAUUCUUUGGUAAGGCUUAGUGGCUUCUCUAAGCAAUUUGCUGAUGGUGCACUGGAUUUAUUGAUGGAUAUGCUGAAUGAUGAUUCUCUUGAGGUUCGCAUGCAUACAUUGCAUGGUUUGCUUCACAUGGCUCAGCUUGAUCACUUGAGAGUGCAGGAAAAACACAUGCAUAUGUUUCUUGGUAUGCUGGAAGACAUCAAUGCUGAUAUACGUUCUGGAGCAAGGAGGCUUCUUGGUCAUAUGAAAUUACCGAGCAUAUCAAUGUUUAAAAUGUCAUUUAAUGCCCUUAUCGAAAAUUUGGACAAGCAUCCACAGGAUGAGAAAGAUAUCAUAUCUGUUAUGUAUCACAUUGGCAAAACGCACAGCACAUUUGUAGUUUGUUCCAGCAAUGAAUUUGUUCAGAAGUUAACAUCUUAUUCAAAUGGAGAAUCAGGUUUGGAUCAUCCUCAUAUGCCAGCGUUGUUGAUUUUAAUGUUGGCAGCACAAAUCUCAAAUGUUGGAAUCUCCUUUCAAAUUCCUCAAAAGUUGAUUUCAUAUGCAAACUAUUUCCAUUACAAGUUUCCUCUCACUCUGUUUGGAUCAACUACAAGUGCAAAUGUGAAAAAUUCACAAUUAGAUGAUAAGCAAGGAAGCUCAGGAAACAGCAAUUGUGACGAGAUGGUUGCAUCAUUGUCCAAAAUUCCAAAUGAUGAAGAGGGCAAUGCCAUGGGCCUUAGAAGUGAUCAAAACUUUGGAAGUGAAACAAGUGAUUCAGAAGCAAAUAUCAAGGCUUUAGAUAUGAAGGAUGGAUCUGCAAACAAAUUGUUAAAUUGUGAAGCAUCAACAAAUGUCUCUGAUGCGUCUGAAAAGGCAAAAGGGAAAGUUUAUUCUUCAUAUCAAAGUGAGAUCCUAUGUUCAGCCGAAAAUAUUCUCAAGACGGUUUCUGGGGCCUGGUCUUUGCUUAAGCAAAAGGGAUUAAUUGGUGUCCUCAAGAAUUUGGGUGAGUGCAAAGAAGCAUUGCGGAAGAUUGAAAGAAAUUUUGAAGAGCCUAUCUCAGUGAUAUCUUUUGCUUCUCUCUAUAUACGUUCCAUUUAUUUUUUAUUUAAGCUUUGGGCCAACUUGAGUCCUAGAGGCUGCCAACAAAUAUCUCCAUCUGGAAUAGAUGCAUCACAGUGCAUUCUGAAAAAAAUAGAGAACACAAUAAAAAGAUUGGGAAAUUGUUUUCUUGGGUUAUCUGAAGAACAGGAGCUGCGCAUACUUGAGCUUAAUGCCCUCAUUUAUAUUUUGAGGUUGUCCUUAUUAGGAGUAAAUUUAUCUUCUUAUGUAUUUAAAAGAUUGACAUCUGUAAUUUGUUGUGCGGAGCUUCUCUAUAAAGGAGAUGGAUUGAGUCAUUCACCCUUUUUAUGGAAAAUCAAGAAAUCACUUUCUGAUGAGAAUGUCAAAUCAUUAUGUUUUCUAAAAUUUGUUCAAGAACUACCUGAACACUUUUCCAUACAGUCCAUUCCCCUGGGAAAAGAACUUGAAGAGAUUAGAGCAGUUUUAAUUGUUCCAAAUAGUUGCUAUGAGCAACCUUUUAGGUUUGUACCCGGAUUGCCUAUUGGAAUCACAGUGCACAUGACAUUGCAUAAUGUAACAAGUGAGUGCAGCAUUUGGUUGGUAAUGGUUCUGGCCAAAUCUAUACAGUAUGAUCUCAUAGAUGUCAGCGAAUUUCAAGGUCUUGAUGGAUCCAAACAGGGCACAAUCACUUUGCCUUUUUAUUCCACAGUAAAAGUUGCUUCAUGUUACUUAGAAAUUUCUGUUAUGAUGGAGUGCUCCUUGGAUGAUGAGAGAGUCUUAUCAUGUCAGGCUGGUCCAAAAGGGGAUCUUUUAUUACUAUCCAAUGUGGAAAAAAUUAAUUUGGUUGCAUCUGUUUAAUAAGAAAAAUCAUAUAUUUGAAAUUUUAGUCCUUUAACAAAAAUAAUGCCUAUGCAUUUAUAAUGGAUUUCAUUCUUCUCUUCCUUGUGCACAAAGAUUUGUUUCAUUGUCUAAAUCAGUUAAUUUUUCAUUCUGUGUA